GUCCUCGUGUCACAUGUGUAGGUCACAGGCUGUGGACGCCCUGAUCGUCCUCUGUACCUUUAAGGGAACCACGUACCUUUUUUUCCUCCAGCAGAUUCUGCGUGAAAUGAACCACCAUCGAUUUAAGGGAACCUUUACUCCCACAGUGGAGCAGAUGAGGAAGGGACUGAUGCUGGCGCGAGCAGUGUUUGCCGCCUCUGCAGUAUUUGAUUACUUUGUGGGAGCUAGAGCUUAAAAUCAAAUUUUUUGAAUUUCCUUUACAUGCAACCAAGUUUUACUCUUUUGUAGUUAACAUGUUUGUGUUCUGUUUAAUUUAAUAACUUAUUUUUCGAGAUGUGUACUUUCGCCCUCUUUGCGUUUUUGGGAAUUCUGCUUUGUGCACCAUACCAGUGCUUGGAGUGUCCCUACGGCUGCGAGUGUUUUGCUGUCACUCGCACGGUGAAAUGCGUUUCUAAGGAUCUGCUCUCGGUGCCCCAAAGUAUUCCAGGAUACACGAGGACUGUCUUUAUCACAGGGAAUAACAUUCAGCAGAUUGCACCUGACUCCUUUACAGAGAUGGAGAAUGUCACCAACAUUAUUUUAAGCAAAAAUAGGAUUAAAGAGAUGGAGUCCCACAGCUUCUCUGCCCUGGUCAACCUUCGUUUCCUGGACCUCAGUGGGAACCAGCUGGCUCUCAUCCAUCCCGAGGCCCUCAGCAUACCCGGCAGUCCCCUUCAGGAGCUCAACCUGAGCCGCUCGCUCUACAACUUCACCGCCCUGAUGGACCUCACCACGGCCCUUCGCUGGGGUGGCCUCAGGGGGCUUCUCCGCCUUGACCUCUCCGGGAACCACCUCGCCCUGGUGCCCCCGGGGAUGUUCUCUCACCUCCCCAACCUGCAGCAGCUCUUCCUUGCGAACAACUCCCUGGUGGCCGUCUACAGUGGGACCUUCUCCGGCCUGAACCACCUGGAGCUGCUGGACCUCACAAAGAACGCCUUCAUGACAUUCAGGGCUGAUUCUCUGCAGGAGCUGGAGAAGCUCGGCAACAUCCGCAUCCUUCUCGGUAACAACCCUUACACUUGCUACUGUGAAAUCCGUGAUUUUGUCACCUGGCUGAACAAAUCAAGAGCUCAGGUAGAUGUGGACGCUGUGAGAUGCUCCUCACCAAGAGCGUUGACCAACACCCGGCUGCGGGGGCUCAGUGUCCAGGCCAAUGGAUGUGUUGUCCCAGUCCAGGCGGAGACGGAUGACCUCACCCUGCAGACAUCCUAUGUUUUCCUGGGGCUGGUGCUGGGGCUCGUGGGCAUGGUAUUUCUGUUUGUGCUCUACCUGAAUCGCGAACGUAUGAGGAAGUGGAUCACCGAAAUGAGGGAAGCCUGCAGAGACAUUCUGGAGGGAUACCACUACCGCUAUGAAAUUGACUCGGACCCCCGGCUGGGCCAACUCCCAGCAGACAACACCGGCAGCAGGGCACAAGGGCAUUUAAAAUCAACUCGGUCACAUCAGCUGCCGAGUGACACGUGUAUUGUCCAGGAUCCCACGAUCAUGCAGGUUAAAAAGGUGGCCACGUCCUCCCCUGGGCAUUAAUGAAACUAAAAUGAUCUGACAUAAUAUGAGCUAGAUGUAGAUAUAAAUAGUUUAGGACAAAACAUGUUUAAAUUAGUUUUAUGCUUUUAAUCUUCUUGUACAUAAUGCAGCUAUGACACUUAAUUCUCCCACAAAAAGUGCCUUUGUGUUUGUGAGGCACUACAACGUUAAAAUGACAUUAAUAUUGUAUGUUUUUCAAAACUUUUAUAAGAUUAUAAUACAUAAGCAACAUUGAAAUUACAUAAGAAAAACAUCUCAGUUAGUGUUUAAGUGUUGUGUUUUUUGCCAUUAUUUCUUUAUAUAUCUGGACAUACUGCAGAUGCUAGAGUAGCAUGGAAAAGAAUGUUGACCUAAAAUACUGUAAUCCAUACACAUCCAGUAAAUUUAAGAAUAAGUAUUUAUUAGAUUUUCUAUAAUUUCAUAUAAACAAUAUCAGUCCUUAUAUUCUAUUAGCUGUGUAUCUUUAAUUUGCAUAUAGUCUUCAUAGUGGGACCUGUAUUAAGAUGGUCAAAGGAUUAGAAGAAGCCAGCAUAUGAUAUGAAGCCUGUAUUUACAUUAAUGGUAAAUUAAACCACAUUGAUUUAAA